CGGCAGCCGAAUGGAAUGCCACAACAGUCUUGCAUAAUUCGUGACACAUUCAAAAUUGACUGAGUUUAACCGUGAAAUUGUCGUCAAAAUGUUGCGAGUUUCGAUCUUAAUGGCUAUUGCAGUCGUUCCCUUUGUCGUUUCGUAUCACCUGAACCAAAAUGCUGAACACGGAAAGGAAAACGUGUCAUUCCGGCUUUACAAUGGACAAAAAGAAUUCGCCGUGUCUCUACUGAAAACAAUGAAACGGAUUUCACCUGAAUCAAAUCACAUCUUUUCGCCGCACAGCACAUAUCGUGCUCUUUUGCUGGCGUACUUCGGAGCGGAAGGUGAUACCAAAGUGUCUUUAGAACGUGCAUUGCAUUUGAAUUGGGCCGCAGACAAAUCUGACGUUAACAAUGCCUACAAGGCUGAGUUGAAAGCCAGAGCUGAACGUGCUUUUGGACCCAACAUGAAAUUCAAUUCAGCUGACAAGAUUUUUGUGACAUAUCAAGCCGAAUUAAAACCUCAAAUAACUGGCUCAUUGGUAAAAUCCAUCGAAAAAAUGGACUUCAGCGAUGUGGGCAGCCGACGAGAGGAGAUCAAUUCGUUUGUGAAAAAAGUGACGGAAAAUCAAAUCGUAGAAAUUCUUUCGCCUGGCUCACUAACGUUAAGUACAAAUUUGGUAUUAGUCAACGCUGCCUUUUUCCAUGGACUUUGGGCCACUGAAUUCCAUCACGAGCACACUAGAAUGAAAACUUUCUAUAGCACAAAACCCGCUGAAGUCGAAAUGAUGCAUGUAACGAGCAAUUUCAGUUAUGGUGUACUCCACAAUGUGAACGCAGCUUACUUGGAAAUGCCAUACGACGGAGAAGAUUCAGCCAUUUCCAUGUUUAUUUAUUUGCCAUUGGAAAAUACACCAAACGCUGUCGACGAUUUGGUGAACAAGUUCACCGUUGAAACUAUGUAUGAAGCAUUGAGCCGAAAACAGGUUGAAUCAGUUGAAGUCGAAUUUCCAAAAAUCUCAUUGGAUAGCACUUACCCAUUAGGAGGUAUUCUACAAGAGAUGGGCAUCAACGAAUUGUUCGGUGUGGCUUCAAAUUUAACCGGAUUUGCAGACAACAUACGAUUACACUUCGAUGAUGCUGUUCACAAGGCCAAAAUUGAAAUCAACGAACACGGCACGUCAGCAGCAGCUGCCACAGCGACCACUAAUCGACAUGGUUACAUCCUAUUCUAUUGCAAUCAUCCAUUCAUGUUCAUGAUUAACGAUCGCAUUUCCAAUGAAGUUUUAUUUACUGGCAUUUACCGUGGACCUAAUCACAAUUAAAUUGGCUAAAUAUAUUUCGAAGAUGAUUGAAAUCGAUCGACUUCCACCCAUUUUUUUGUGU